AUGGCACUGGGUGAAGAACCGGAAGAGAGGGUACGGGUGGAUGGAAUUCCGGAGUCGUACCUCCUAGCUGACAGGUGUGGCUUUCGAGACUCCGAGCUUCGAGACUUCUGCUGGGCCUUCCGCCUCUACGACGUGCUCGGGGAUGGCAAGAUAGACGCCAUGCAGGUCAUGAAUGACAUCGAUAGCCACGGCAAGGGGAUCCUGGACUUCCAGCGCUUCGUGAAGCUGAUGGCCAAGUUUGACAGGUCGAUGAUCACCGAAGACGAGCUGGUGAAUGCCUUCAAAAUCUUUGACAAGGACAAGAGCGGGACGAUCGAUGCUAUCGAGCUGCAAGAUGUGCUCUGCAAGCUGGGUUUCGAGGUGAACCCGUUGCAGCUGGGAGCUGAGAUGAUUCCGAAGCUUGAACCUCCCGAUUCUGCCUUUGACCUCUGCUUCUCCAGCUCGGAGCGCCAGAGGAUCGAAGUGCGCAAGCCCUCCUUAGUAUCCAUUGGCACGCGCUUGGCAAUUCUUCCAGUCCUCCCAGCCAAAGCCGGCGAAGAGCUGAAACCGCUCGUUCCAGCCUUUCUCGCCGAAAUUCGACUAGGAAUCGAAACCACACCACGCACCGAACUGUGUAGCAUCGACUCCCUCUCCAUCGUCCAGCGCUGUUGUGUUGGGUGUUGGGUUGCUGCAGCUACGAGACGUGAGCAGUGA